GAGUGACCCUGAGCUGCGGCCUGCUUGCUGUUUUGUACAGACACUCUUGGAGAUAUCGGUGCAGUGUGCCAUCAUGUGGUAUGAAAUCUUGCCGUGCUAUGCCAUCAUGACCGUCUGCAUGAUGAUCCCCGGAUUCUCCUCAAUGUACAUUCCACGAGCUUUCUAUGGGGGCAAGGAGAAGAGAAUUGCUCGGUUUCCAUACCAAUGGUGCCUCAUGGAGAGGGACAGACGAGUUUCAGGAGAACAGCUCUAUUUCAAAUCAAAGGGUUUGGAAAAUAUUGACUGAACGUGAACCUCUGGCAGAACUUCUAUCUCACUGGCA